GUUUCCUUAUCCGGGAAUCGGGCCCGACCUCGCCAUUGGCUCGUACAGUCACAUGGGUGACUAACUUUAUUCAGUUGACAGCAAGUAGGAGGGCUUUAUGGAACGGGAAAAAAGACAACUCGAGAAAAAUUAGUAUUUUCCACCUUCAGAAAUUAAUGACCAUGAGUUCGUAUUUGAUGAACACUAAAUAUGUGGAUCCCAAAUUUCCUCCUUGCGAGGAAUAUUCGCAAAAUAACUACAUACCUGACCACUGCCCAGAGUAUUACAGUCAGUCGCAGGAUUCUGAUUUUCAGCACCAAGGAAUCUAUCCACGGUCAAACUACAGCGGCCAGUCGUACAGCUGCAGCAACGCUCGGGGCUCUCCAGUGCAGCAAAGGGGUCAUGUGCAGGCACAGCCCGCUCCUCAGAGCCACCUCACAGGGCAGGGGGAGCCAGUUGCACCGCUCCAAGUGUCCAUAGGCCGGCCCUGCAGCCAGCAGCAACAUAAUUCAAAGAACCAAAACGGCGCAGCAACCAAACAGCCAGCAGUGGUUUAUCCUUGGAUGAAGAAAAUCCACGUUAACACGGUGAACCCUAAUUAUACAGGAGGAGAACCAAAACGUUCACGAACUGCCUACACAAGGCAGCAGGUUUUAGAACUCGAAAAGGAAUUCCAUUUUAACAGGUAUCUGACAAGACGACGUCGUAUUGAAAUAGCCCACACUUUGUGUCUUUCCGAACGCCAGAUCAAAAUUUGGUUUCAAAACAGAAGAAUGAAGUGGAAAAAAGAUCACAAACUGCCUAAUACAAAGACCAGGUCCUCUGGUUCUUCUACUUCCAAUCAACAGUUACAAACUGUUUCCAAGGACCAACAAACAGACCUCACAAGUUUAUAGAAGGACAUCCUAUAAAUGGCUCCUUAAGUGUAUAUAAUGAGACAUUUCCAGGCAGAAAUUGCAUGUACCGAUAACAUGGCUUGUAGGUGCUUUCCUGCUGAUUUUUAAUGGCAUUGAAGGGACUUUGUCUUGUGCCUCACUUUUGUUCUCAAAUGUAGCAAAUGAAACAAAAAGGAGAAAGUCACCCUAGCUGCAGCUGAAAUCAUUGCGACUCUAGUCAGUGGCUAUUUUUAUCACACAGCACACCUUAGUAACCUUAACAAGUGCGAGGCACUAAGUGGUGAAGACAUGGUGAGGUGUACACUUCAGGAAGGUACAUGUGUAGUCUGCUAGCAUGAAAAUGAAAGGCUGCGACGCUUGUUCAUGGUCUUUUUUUUAUUUUAUAAUGAAGGCCCAGUGAUUUGUUGUGGUAAUUUGUGGUUUCCACAACUAUUUUUGCUUGUAAUGUGUAUUUUUGCGAUUCCAUCUCUUUGUGUAUAUUGUGUUGAUAUUCGAGAUUUAUAGUGAUCAAGAAUUAGACAGUGUUUUGUGGUUUCUUUAUUUAAAAUGAGAAAAUGGUAUUUGUAAUUGUGCUGCUGGAUGGAUUAUUGUUACAAGCCUACAAUGCAAGAUUGCGUACAUUUUUAUGUUCAAA